CUGGCUUUUACGCUCGCUCGUAAGCAUUGCAACAGUACAGAUUUGCUCAUUGACGUGUACGUACGGAAUUAGAGUCUCGUGCAAUAAGGUUGUGUGAACGCAACAUUGGUUCGGUAGCGGCGAUGUUCGGACGCGAAUUGCUUUGUGCUAAUUAACAUUUUUGUUUAUAAACAAACAAAACCAAACGCCGGGACGCCAUAUAUAAGUGAAUUACACCUAUUCGCAGGCAGGUGCACCGAAAAUAACUGUUUAGAUUGCUAAAUAAAUAAAAAUGCAAAUGCAAUAAUGGGCGGCAGCAGGAGUUACAGCGUGAGCAGUAAUGGCAGCACGAGCAGCGUCGCCAGCAGCACCAGCGGAAAUUAUAGUGAAUACAGCACCGGCGGCACUGAGGAGCGUUGCAAGGCGACAAAGUUAGUAUACAGCCGAAUCGCCAGUCAGCGUAUAGCAACUGCCAUAGGCGGGGCUGGCACAGGAGGCGGAGUAGGAGUAAUGGCGCCACAGACCAACCCACCGCAGCAGCAGCAGCCGAAAGUACAACGGGCGCGGUCACAGCGUAUUAUGUGUCGCUGCUGCCUGUCGGAACAACUGAUGGUGACGCGUCAGUCUUUGGGGUCGUGCUCCGAACAGGAGUUGGACGAUGAGGAGGCCGCACACUUGGAGUUUGUGCCGUUGGACACCUUGGCUAUGGUGGAUUUGAGCGACGACAGGUUUACAGCUACGUCGUCGGUGGCCGCUGGUGAUUCAUACAAGCCAGCGUUGACCAGGACAUCCCCGGCCAAAGGCAAUAAAGUCAAUAGUAUGUCAACAGCAACACCAGCCAACAACAACGGCCGUACUGGCAGUAGUGGUAGUAGUAGUACUAGUAGUAAAAGCAGCACUCUGCUAGAUUGUUUGAACGCAUGUGCGCACAUAGGCGCUUCACUGGCGGACAAUGAACUGCCUCAGCACAUCUGUCUUGACUGCUGCCACACGCUGGAGAUGUGCUGCGAGUUCAUACGUUGUGUACGGAAUGCGGACAAAAUUCUACGCAGACGUUGCGCUCUGCCAGUAAAACGGGUGCGACAACAGCACCAGCAACAACAACAUUAUUGGCAGCAACGCCAAGCAGCGGGCAUACCGGCUGCCAGCACUGACGUUUGUGCUGAGGAGGGGCCGGCAGCGAAACGUAGGCGCCGUGGCGAAGAGAAAGUGCCGCAAGAACACCGCUUGAGUGUCGCUCGUGCCGGUGUCAGUGCAAAAAGCCUCGGCAACAACACGCCCAAGUCAAUAUCCUUGCUGAAGUCGGUGGCGACGUCGGCGUCGGCAGCACUGGCAGUGACGUUAACGCCAAAGUCUUCGUCUGUUGAGAGGGAUGAAUUACUGGACAUUAGCAAAGCAUUGGACGGCGUGGAGAGCAGCUUUGUGCGCUCAUUUGACAGUGGCAUUGAAGUUGACGAAGACUUGUGUUCUGUCAAAUCGAGCGAUUGCAGCGCGAAUGAGUAUCCGUUACGCUGCCAUUUGGCGAAGUAUGAAGGCUACACUUAUGUGGUCGCCGAAACGCUUUCACAUGAUCUCGAACGUUUCCAUCGAAGUGGCCGACAGCAGGCGUCUGCUGGAGGCGGUGCUGCUGCUGCCACCACACCGUCAGCAACUUACAAAUGCGGUUUCUGCAUAUUUGAGUGCAGCGUGCGACAGGAGUUGAACAAACACUUGCAAAUACAUUUGGGCCCGCCACAGCACAGUUGCCGCAAGUGCAAUUUCGUUGGACACUUCAAGUUUCUACUGGCGCAGCAUAUGCGUAAUGUACACCACUGCGUUUUGGAGGGUCAAGAAGUCAAUCAAAAAAGUGCCGAACGGGUUGGUGGCGAUAUCGCGCGCGGUUACCAAGGAGUCGGCGCGGCAGCGGAGAGCCCCAAAUAUCAUUGCCAUUUAUGUGCAGAAUGUUUUGUCAAUUAUGAUGGCUUGCAACAGCAUCGAAAAUCGCACAAAGUUUUUUGCAAAUGCACCAUGUGUACGUUUAAGAGUUCGACGCGUGAAAAUGUUUUGGAGCAUAUGGCCAAAGAGCACAAGGUACUGGUGGAACGGCGCUUAAGCGUGAAAUAUAUACCACUCCAACGAAUCAACGCUCAACAAAUGCAAGAGCUUACGCCCACAAAAAAUGUUAGCGUUGCCACGGAAUCGAAAUUCAUACCAAAGGGCAAUAAAUACCGCAAACAUUUGUGCCAAUUUUGUGGCAAGUGCUUUGACCGACGCUUCCAUUUGCUCAAGCACGAGUAUGGCGUACAUCGCAUCGAAAUCGAACAGACGAAUAACGACGUCGAUGUCGUCAUCCGCACCAAAUUGCCCAGCUACGGUGCUGGUGGCAACUCUACCAAGCACACGAAGCUCAAGUAUUUGCGGCAACGUAACGCCGUACAGGCGGCACGCCAACAACGUUACAUCGAGGAUCUCGCGCUGCUGGACGAUCAGCAGCUAGGACAGGAUAUUAGCAAUAAAUUUCAAUGUGAAAUAUGCAUGGCAGUAUUUAUGUUUAAUUUCGAAUUGAAAUAUCACAUGCGCACACAUAAAACCAACACACACACACAGACCACGGUGGGUCGGCAGUUAGCUGAUAAGCACACUGCAACGCCUCCACCAUCAUUAUCAACUGCCGCUGUAGCUGCAGCCGCCGCCGUUAUUGUACAACCGGAGUCGAAACUAUCGAACGCAACUGUCAAGGAAUGUUCAGAGAUAACAGUGGAAAAUCGGGAUACUGCUGACAACGGAGAGUGCGAUGCGGAAAGUGAUGAAGAUGACGAUGGUGAAGGAGAAGGUGUUUGUGACGUAGACGAAGAGAAUUUAAACUUUACGCCUGAUAGCUCGCAUAAUAUCGACGCCGCUUUGAAUGGCUUGUCCGAUGGCGUAGAUUUGGAUUUGAUGACAUUGGUGGCGUCACAAACGUCACCGCUGGAUUCGCUGGAUGCGAGUCCGGCCAGCAGCAAUAAUAGUUUCGAUAUUAACUAUGAUGAUCAAUUGUAUUUGAAUGAUUUCGAUUUGGGCCUGCUGGACUGCAGUGGCGUGUUGGCCGGAUUUUAAACGCUCUGAAAUUCGUUUUUAAAUUGUAGUGUAUUUGUUUUUGUUUUAAAUUAUAAUUUCGCUUGUUUUGAACGAGUUGGAGCUUAAAACCAGAAAAUUUAUAUCUACACACAUACAAACAAAUACAACAACACAGACCUAAACACACACAAAUUCGAGGAGAAUAAAAGUCAGAGACUGAGUCAAGUGAAAAGCAAUACAAAGGCAAUUGUUGCAAUAUUUUGUAAACGCAUAACGUAAAUUUACACAAAGCCAUCUACGCAUAUGUUUGUUGUAAUGCUAGAUAUAAUUUCAUAUAUUAAAAAAAAAAAUUAAAAUAUAUCAGCAAGCAAGUUUCAAGCACAAAUAUAAAAAAGUAGCAAAAAUUUUAACUUGAAACUCUCCGCAAUCUUACUCAAGCAUUUUUUUUUUAUAAAUCAACAAUGGUUUUUAACGUUUUACUCACAAAUUUGCAGUGUUUUUUUUAACUUGCAAUUAAUACAUUUGUCUGCCAUUGUAUACUUGCUAAUUAACUUUUUUAAUUCCUAAAUUAUUUAUUUAUUUUUUACUUAGUAUUUUAUUGCUAAAUUUUUCUAAGUUUUAAGUAUUAUUUUUGUUUUCGUUCUUCUCCUGUAUUACCAUAUGUUAUUUAUUUUACAUAAAAGAAAAAUAAUAAUAGGUACCAUUAAAAUUUUGUACAACGUACUUUUCAAUAUUGCAUUUCAUAUAUUUAUGUACAUGUGUAUUACUAUCCAUUUAUUUUUAUAAGUACUUAACCCGCAAUUAAUCAAACAACUAAUGAUGAAAUCAUUUCGAAAAAUUAAAUAGCAUUCAUAACCAAAGAAA